AUGAUUUCUCCAUCAUCAAAUGAAAGAGUAAUAUCAGGUUUGCCCGUCAUUCUUGAUGUGAUGGGAUUAACUUGUAUAUGUUAUGUGUUAUAUAAAUUACCUUCUUCGUCCAUCUCUAUCAUAAAAGAAAUUUCUAAAGGUAGAUACAACAACUAUAAUAACAGACUACAAAACAUUAAAUAUAGAAAUCAAACACGAUAUUCCAAUAAGAUUAACACCGUAAACAUAGAAGAAAUAAAGGCCCGCGAUAACUAUAAAGUUGAAAGGAACCAAUACUACUUAUUCAAUGUAAAUGUAAACAAUAAUGCUGACCAAGAUGAUACCGCUAAUAAUGCUUACAAAGUUACAUUUAAAAUCAAUGACAUAUCAAUUAGGAUGCAGAUUAUUUGGAUAUUAGCAGACCUGUGUGCCGACGAAAAUAUCGGCGGACGGCGCAAGUUUGAAAAAUUUAAUAGACGAACUUUGGCUAACAUUGGUUCCGUUCUUUAUAAUCCUAACGCUAUUGAAAAUCUUGAUAUACAUGAUCAAGAACUUCCAAACGAUAAUCUAAAUUUAAAUCAGAUUAAGAUUAAUAAUAAUCAAAUCAACGAUAUCUCCGUCUCAUAUACAAAGAGCAAUUUAAAAUUUCUCUCAAAUAACUUUAUACCAAAUACCAACCAAUUUAAAAACGAUCUCGAUGUUUCAACCUAUGCCAAACAGCAACUCAAUCAUCGCUUUUCAAGAUAUUAUUUAUUCGAUUCUCAAAUGUGCCGAAGGAAAGAUAUAUUGUCUAAGAUUGAUCUCGAACAAAUUAUAAGCGUCUGCCAAAGAAACCCCGAGGAUUUGGAACUUUUUCAAAGCAUACAUAAGGGUGCCAGUAUAGCCUUAACAGAAUGCCAAAAUCAAUUCCAAGAUAGGAGAUGGAAUUGCACUUUGUUCCAAGCUAAUCAACCUAAGUUAGGAUCACUCUUCCCAAGGCAAACAAUUUCAAGAAUUGUUGAAAGGGCCGAGCCUGUAAGCAGCCCUCAUUUUUCCACUUACGAUACCUUAAUAAAUAAAAAAGAUUACAAUAUGAAUGACGAAGAGGAAAUCAAAAAUAUCGUUAAAAAACAAGUCAAAAAUUUGGGAAAACUACUUAAUUCAGGAACAAGAGAAGCUGCAUUCGUUCACGCAAUUUCUUCAGCUGGUUUGGCUUAUUCUAUUACUAGGGCAUGUAGUCAAGGUAAAUUAAGCAGAUGUGGGUGCGACAUGAGUAUGCCGGAAAAUGUUCCAAAUAAAUUUUUCUGGGCAGGUUGCUCCGACAACACUGCUUUCGGAUUAGCCUUUGCUCAAAAUUUUAUAGAAACUCGUGAAGAGCUUAAUUUCAAACGAAAGAAAAGGAAUUACUAUAACAAAUUAAAGGCAGUGGAAUUGGCCGUUCAUACUUAUUGCAAAUGUCAUGGAGCGUCGGGUUCGUGUGAACUCAAAACCUGUUGGAGAGCAUUACCAUCCUCAUUUACCACGAUUGGAAAAGUGUUAAAGGUAAAGUUUGACGGAGCGACUGAGGUAAAAUUAAAGUUUGAAGGAAAGCCACAUGAUCGACAAGAAAGAUUGGAGAUCACAGAAAGUGGCAGAAAAACAUUAGUGCCUUCAAAAAUCGGUAUAAAGCCUCAAACAAAACUUGAUUUAGUAUAUGUCAAACCAAGUCCUGAUUUUUGUGAUCCAAAACCUAAACUAGGAUAUACCUUUGGAACAAAGGGACGCAAAUGUGAUUCUCGUUCCACUAAAUUGGAUGGAUGUGAUCUGAUGUGUUGCGGAAGAGGCCAUACAACCCGAAUAACGGAGAAAAUCAACAAAAUGUGCCGUUGCAAAUUCAAAUGGUGCUGUUAUGUUACUUGUUCUCAGUGUAACGAAACUUUAUACGAGGAUUAUUGUCUAUAA